AUGGCACGUAGAAACCGAAGACAGAGGGCAAAUGGGAGGCAAAGAAAAUUGAAAACUUAUGAAUCGGAACCAGAACUCGGAAGCGAUGAUGAAUCAGAGCUAUCUCGUGAAGAUUCCCUGGAUACUCAUAAGAAUCGUAGCAAUCCACUUGUGCUGGAAGCACAAGUCCAACCGCUGCAAAACAUGCAUGACCAGAUUGAAAUUAAAGUCGAAAGACCUAUUUUCAAUUCCAAUGCCAAUGAACAACGUCUGACUGUUCAUGCAAAAAGAGGAGAUAGGGCUCUUCACAUAGCUGCUGCCGCCAAGCAAACAGCUUUUGUCCAUAAUCUAGUCGAACACUUGAAUACGAGUGACCUGGAACUGCAGAAUACACAUGGAAAUACAGCUUUCUGUUUUGCAGCUGUAUCAGGGGUCGUAGAAAUUGCCAAGGUCAUGUACGAAAAAAAUAAGAAUUUGCCAACAAUUCGAAGUAGCAUAGGAAAGACUCCACUUGAAAUGGCAAUUUUGCUCAGAAACAGAAAAAUGGUUGAAUAUCUUUACCCAAUUACACCUCUUGAAGAUUUCAACCCCCAUGAAUAUAUCCGGAUUCUUGAAACAGCUACCCACACUGACAUGUAUGCAGAAAUAAGGAACGUUGAGUUUCUGACUUUGCUUAUUCAAUCAUAUCCUGAUCUUAUAUGGAAACUCAACUCAAAUAGAUACUCCAUAUUUCACAUUGCUGUUAUUAACCGACAAGAGAAAGUGCUUAGUCUCAUCCACCACAUAGGAGCUGUUAAGGAUUUAAUUACACUCUAUAAAGAUGAUAAAGGAAACAACAUUUUGCACUUGGCUGGGAAAUUAGCACCUCCAAAUAGACUCAAUAUUGAGGUGGAGAAGAUUGUACCGUAUUCAUUACUCGAUAAGAAAAGCGAUGACCUCAAAACACCAAGGGAGUUAUUUUCAGAGGAGCACAAGAAGUUAAGAAAAGAGGGAGCGGAGUGUAUGAAGGAUGAUGCAAGUUAUUGCAUGGUUGUGGCAACUUUAAUUGCCAUAGUCGCAUUUGCUGCAGUAUUUACCGUACCAGGUGGCAAUAAUGGAACAGGCACUCCAAUAUUCUUAAAGAACAAAUGGUUCACAAUUUUUGUUAUAUCUGAUGCUGUGGCAAUAUUCAGCUCGACAACUUCCAUAAUGAUGUUCUUGUCUAUCUUAACUUCACGCUAUACAGAAGCUGAUUUUCUAUUUUCAUUACCGGCGAAGUUGAUGGUUGGACUACUCUCACUAUUUGCUUCAAUUGUUUGCGUGGUCUUAACAUUUAGUGCAACCUUCUUUUUGAUCUACAACGAGGAAAAGCAGGGUCGAUUGCGAAACCUUGUUGCUGCUCUUGCUUGCCUUCCAAUCACUAUAUAUGUAGUGAUGAAUUGUAGGUCCUGGAUUGCCCUAGUCUACUCGACUUGCAGGACGGCUAUGCUCUUGUUUCAACCUGCAGGAAAAGGAAAAGUAAACACUCAGCUUGGCCCCGAUUUAUAUCGAGCUGCUCUAAGAGGUGAUUGGAAGGCUGCUAAAACUGCUCUGAGUCAGGACAAAAAUAUAGCUUGUAUUGAGAUAACAGAAAGAGGAGAUAGGGCUCUUCACAUAGCUGAUGCCGCCAAGCAAACUGCUUUUGUCCACAAUCUAGUCGAAUACUUGAAUACAAGUGACCUGGAAUUGCAGAAUACACAUGGAAAUACAGCUUUCUGUUUUGCAGCUGUAUCAGGGGCUGUAGAAAUUGCCAAGGUCAUGAUUGCAGACACAAAGGAGAAACCAUAUCUUUAUGCAACACGUGAUGUGCAAUGCUAA